AUGUUCUUCAUUCCAGGAGGCCUCCCUGGCCCUCAAAUUCCUGGCCCGGGUGAUGAAGAUGAGGAUGGCCGAGCAGCUCCAAGUCCACAGGUGGACACAUGUCGCUUCUACGACCUUCUGGGCGUAGGGAAAGAUGCCACACCAUCAGAGAUCAAGAAGGCCUACCACAAAAAAGCGAUGCGUUUGCAUCCGGACAAGGGUGGCGACCCCGACGAUUUCAAAGAGCUGCAACGUGCUUUUGAGGUGCUGAGCGAUGAAGAAAAACGAAAGAGAUAUGAUCACACUGGAGAAGAAGGACUGGACAGUGAUGCGAAUGAUCAGGAUCUGCUGUCCCACAUCUUUGGAAAGGGCCGCAACAAGCCCGGGAGGCCCAAGACCAAAGAUGUCGUGCGUCCCAUUUGGGUCACUCUGGAGGAGCUGUACACGGGCGUGAAUCGCAGGCUGCCAAUUACGCGCAAGGUGUUGGAUCCUUCCGGAGAAAGUUGCAAGUGCGAUGCUUGCGAUGGCAAGGGCGUAGCGAUCCAGGUUCUUCGCAUGGGCCCUAUGGUCCGACAGGUGCAACAGACCUGUGAGAAGUGCAGUGGCAAAGGCAGCUGUCACAAAAUGCAAAACGUCCGCGAGGUGCUUGAAGUCUUUGUCGAGAAAGGCUCACCAAAUGGCCACAAGAUCACCAUCCAUGGCAAGGCUGAUGAAGCGGAUGGAUGUGAAGCUGGCGAUGUGGUGGUAGUCGUCCGAGAGCAGGAUCAUCCGAAGUUCAUGCGGAAGGAGGCAGACCUCUACUACUCAGUGGAGCUCUCUCUUUCGGAAGCACUCACUGGCUUCAGGUUGGUGGUGCAGCACUUGGAUGAUCGAAAACUGCUGGUCCGAAGCAAACCUGGGGAGGUUUUGCGACCCAGACGCAGUGGCUUAGUCCUCAAGGCGGUGAAAGGUGCAGGGAUGCCAAUCCAUCAGGACCCGUUCAACUUUGGAAACCUUUUCCUGGUCGUCACCCUUCGCUUUCCCGAGGUUAUGUCAGAAGCCACUGGAACAGCCUUGAAGUCAAUGCUGGGCAUCAAGGAAGCUGCAGGGGAGAGCCAAGAGGACCUUGAGGAAGUUUUCUGCGAAGACAUCGAUCCACUCUCCUCGGCAAAGAGCUCCAAGAAAGUCACGACUCAGGCAUAUGAUGAGGACGAUGAGGAGCACCAUCAUGGCAUCGAAUGCAAGCACCAAUGA